UGCAAGAUGGCGGGAUUACGAGAAAUAGAAAAACAAUUCUUUCCCCUUCAAAAAAUACAAGAUGUCAUUGAUUUAUUUAAACAUGAACUGAAAGAUAAUGAACCUAACUUAACAUUAAUGUCUAUUGUGCUUGGAGUAAUUGAAAAUAUUUUGACUGUCAACCGAGCGGUAUCUAGUGAUGCUGACAAAUCCAACACGCUGGAGCCCAUUUUUCCUGUUAUUGAAUUAUCGACCAUAGAUGCACUGUACACUAAAUUUGUGACGCAUAUAAAAAGAUCAGUUGACAAAACAAAAUUUCCUGACAAAUUUGCUACCAGAGAACUUGUGAAAAUUGUCUCUGAUGUGGUUUGGUGUUGUUUAUCAAAGAGUUUCAAAGAUAGAGCACAUCUCCAGUCACUUUACAGUUUCCUAACUGGGAACAAGCUUGACUGUUUUGGUGUUGCUUUUGCAGUAGUUGCUGCCUUCCAGAUACUAGAAUACAAUGAUGUACAUUUAUCUUUAUCAGAAGACCAUGCUUGGGUUGUGUUUGGUGAAGAUCUAAAAGAAACUGCUGAAGUCACAUGGCAUGGGAAAGGAAAUGAAGACAAAAGGGGCCAGCCAAUAACAGCUAGUGUUGUAGAAAAGAGUUGGUUGUAUUUAAAUGGACAGCCAGUUACAUGUAAUAGACACAUGGAAGUGGCAGCCAUUGUUAGUGGAAUUAAUCCAUCCAUAAAUUUGACUGUGGAUAGUGUAGAGAUGGGAUCAUUACAACAGGAACUUUUGUGGUUGUUGUAUGAUUUGGGCCAUUUAUCAAAAUACCCAAUGGCUUUGGGUAAUUUGGGAGACUUAGAAGAAAUCUCACCAACACCUGGAAGGCCUCCUCCUGUGGACAUUUUUGAGGAAGCAAUCCAGUCAUCUAAAGUUCAUUACAAUAAUCAACAUGUUUAUCCAUAUACCUACCUUGGCGGUUACCAUUACAGAAAUCAGAAUUAUAAACGAGCAUUAAAAGCGUGGGCAGAAGCAACUAAUGCAGUGAAAAAUUUUAAUUACAAUCGAGAAGAUGAAGAAAUUUACAAAGAAUUUCUAGAAGUUGGCAAUGAUUUAAUACCUACAAUGAUGAAGCAGGUAGCCAGUGAAAAUGCUUCCCGUAUUCACCAGACAUCAAUUUCGUAUGAUCCUGAAUGCUACGCAGACUUUCUUAGAUUCUAUGAUGGAAUUUGUGAAUGGGAAGAGGACAGUAAAACACCUGUUCUUCACAUAACAUGGGCAAAACAGUUGGUGAAUUCGCUAGCCAAAUUUGAUCCCACAGUUAGAAAACUGAUUCAUCUGACUAGUGAGGAUGGCGAUGAGUCAUCUUCUUCAUCUGAAUCAGAAGAGGAAUCGGAAGAAGAGAGAGAAAUCAUCCAAGAUGAAAAUAGAAAUCAAAAGAAAAAAGUGAAAGCCAAGAAAGGUAAAACUCACGACCAAGAAAAGUCAGACAAAAUAAAUGGGCAAACAGAAGACUCUCAAAUCAAAUCUAUGUCUGACAUUGAAGCCAUGGUCUCUAAAGUUGAUGAUGAUUUGCACACAGAACCUAAUCCUAAUAUAGAGGCAUUAGCACAAGCAUGCGGUGAUUCAAUACUUAAUCCUGAGUAUCUCCUCGGAAAUGGAGAGCCAUUUACAGCUGUUAGUACAACAUCUGUUGUUACAUCGUCUUCAGACACUAGGGUCGAUUUACAGGAAUUCUUGAGCACCAAGUCCAACGGAUCUCCUUUCAUGGGUAUGUCUGUUGACGCCAUGCUUAAAGCAGAGAGUCCAUCAGAUAUGAUGAUGUACAAAAAAGAACAGCAGUUUACAAAUGGAGUUAUUACCCCUGUCUCACCGAAUAGUCCCGUUCCUGUCAGUUCUCAUGAAAGUCCCAUUCCUGAGCCUGAACCUGAGCCGAUUGAAGAAAAAGUUGUUUUUGAACCAGUAACUUUAUGUCUGAAAAGUCAUAAAAUGUUGGCAUUGCGAAAAAUUUUCUCCUCGGAAAAGUGUAACUACAGUGCAAUACAACUUCAGCUUACGGCACAAUCACAAGUACAUUUCAAAAAUCAUAAAAGGAGCACAGAAAAUGACUUGGCAAUGGCAAGGAAACGUCAACGACGAGAAUAAAUGGUCCAAUUAGUUAUUAUUGUUAAUGUUUUUUUUAAUUUGUUUCGAGAUUGUAGCUUUAGUUAGUUAGGAACCAUUUCAAAAUAUGACAGUUUUAAUCGAAAUGGACAUAAGAGUGUUAUCACUAACCCUGUCUACCCCUUUUAAUGGAAAGUGUAAAAAUGUGUAUGUGGUGAUCGAAAUAUAUUGAACAUGUUGAAUGGUUGAAUAUUCUCUAAACUGUACAACUGAAAUAUUCCCUCUUUAUAUUUAUUUGGAAAAACUGUCAGAUUUUGAAAUGAUCCCUGCGUUUAUUUUUUGUUUGUUGUAAAUAUUUUUAAUUUAAAUUCCAUGGCCGUCUUUCUUUAUUUUUUACUGCCUGUUUAAGUUGAUGUAUAGAUUGCAUUCCAAGUUAAUUUAUUUAUGACUGAAUCAAAUUUGAUCAAACAAUAUUUUUUACACAAAAUAGCUAUAGUAGCCAUUUUUAAAUGCUUUUUUAAGUUAUUCGUUUUGUUUUUUUAAUACUUGUUUACUAAAAUUUCUGUGAAUUUUCCUGUUUGUUAACUUCUAAAUCUUUUUCACGUUUCUAAUUUACUAUUUAAGGAUGUUCGCUACUCUUUUUCAAAAUAACAAGCUUUUUAAAAGACUGUUAUACAUUGAUAGUAUAUAAAUGAAGGAACUAAAAAAGCAGAAAAAAAUGAAGGGUCUGUGUGCUUGUUUUCGAGAUAUAAGCCAUUGAAAAUUUGGCGGGAAAUGAUUCUCUCUAGAUUUUUCAUACAUUUGACACCUUUUUUCUUUCAAAAACAAUGAAAAAAUAACAAGGAUUUUAUAAGAUUUUCGAAUAUGGCUUUUUAAACUAUAUGUAAUAAAAUUAUGAAAAGAAAACUAGGGGUUAGUGGGCAAAUUUUUUUAAUGGCAAUACAUGGAUAAAACCUGAGGAUUCCGAAAAUCUGGCAGAAAUUCAAAAACAAGAGGAGCGAACAUCCUUAAAGGUAGUUGUAAGACCAGAGUUAUGUUUUCCUUGGUUUUGAUUCUGCUCACUGUUAGGUUUUUGAUGGUCCAAGGUCAAACAUAAAAAUCAAGAUAUCAGGAGUUUUAAGAGAACGUUUGAACUUUAAGUCAGUUUUCGCUUUAAAAUGAAAACAUUGUAUACUGAAAUGUAGUCUGCUUAAUACAAUAUUUUUAUGUUAAAAAAAUGGCAUGAGGCAUAUGUAAGUUCAUGUGUGAUUUAAAAAAAAAAAAAAAAAAAAAAAAAAGAA